AUGGACAAAGUUGAGAGAGAUUCUCAUUCUCAUUCUCAUUAUUAUUGUUACUAUUAUUCCUCUUCACCAUCAUCCACUUCUUCCCCUCAAAGCCAACAACUCUCACCGAAUUCUCCAUCAGCUAUUCAUUCAUCAUCACACCAUGCACAAGCACAAGCAACAACGUCGUCAGUGAUGAGUUCUCACAAGAGGAAAGCGGGGAGAAAGAAGUUUCGAGAGACACGUCACCCUGUGUAUCGAGGGAUUCGUCAAAGAAACGGUAACAAGUGGGUGUGUGAAGUUCGUGAACCCAACAAGAAGUCAAGGAUAUGGCUUGGGACAUACCCUACGCCAGAACUUGCUGCUAGGGCACAUGACGUGGCUGUCCUAGCACUUAAGGGCACCUCGGCCAUAUUCAACUUCCCUGACUCAGUUUCUCUUCUUCCAGUUGCAAAGUCUUCUUCUGCUGAAGAUAUAAGAUUGGCUGCAUCAAAAGUUUCAAAGGUUUUUGCUCCUUCUUCCUUGUGCAGUUCAUCAUCUUCGAGGGUUGAGAGUCUUGAGACUACUAAGCCUUGUUUGGUUGAUGAAAUUGUUAAGAGUAGGAAUGAUAAUGAUGAGUCUAAUGAAUCCGCGUUUUUUGAUGAAGAGGCAGUGUAUAACAUGCCGAGUUUGUUGGAUAGUAUGGCAGAGGGUCUUCUCAUUACACCACCGUCUAUGAUGAGAGGAUUUGAUUGGGACCAGGUUGAUUGUGAAACCGAUCUCACUCUCUGGACAGAUUAA